AUAUCGGAUUUCUGAAACUAUCUAUGUACCGAUACUGAACACUAUCAACAUUUUUAGGUGUAAAUUUGACUUUUGUGAGAAAUUAUUUUUAAUGAACAUCGUGCUGAUUUGAAUGAUAUUAACCAAAAGGUUACUAUUUUUUAAUAUUAUUAAUCCUUUCUACGAAGGUGUCAAAUUUAGUGUUCAUUGAAAAUCUGAAUGCGGAAGUUCUAUAACGACUAAUAGAAUGGAAUAGAUUUCAACAAAGACAUAAAACAUUUAAAUGGUUGUUCUCAUACGUGUAGUUCAGACUUCAUUGACGUUAUAGCAUGGGCUGAUGAGACCGGGAGUAAAUACAAAUUAGUGUGUUCAACCGGGUAACAUGGCUACAAUUUCAAAAGGAGUUGAAGAUUUGUCACAACUUGAGAGACUUGAUGAAGACAGCAUUCAAAAUGUUCUAAGAGACAGAUAUGCUAAAGAUGACAUAUAUACAAACUGUGGAGAAAUAUUGAUAGCUGUCAAUCCAUACAAGAAAUUAGCAAUAUUUGAUGAAAACAAACAUGAUCAGUAUGAUUGGAAAAAGUUUGAAGCUAGUGCACCACCUCACAUAUUCAAUGUGGCUGCCAGGGCCUACCAAAGGAUGCGUGAAACAGAGACUAAUCAGGUCAUAUUGGUUAGUGGUGAGUCAGGAGCUGGUAAAACAGAAAGUACCAAACUUAUGGUCAAACAUUUUGUUCAUAUGUGUCCACAUGGAAAUGAAGAUCUACAUGACAAAGUUGUUAAGGUAAAUCCCCUGCUUGAAGCUUUUGGAAAUGCACAGACAAUUAUGAAUGAAAAUUCCAGUAGAUUUGCGAAGUUCUUAGAGCUAAGUUUUGAGGAAAAUGGACAAGUGCUUGGAGCUGUUGUUCGUGACUACAUGUUAGAGAAAUCAAGAGUUGUAAAUUAUAGUUUUGAUGAAGGAAACUUCCAUAUUUUCUAUUCCUUGUUUGCUGGUGCCGGUCAACCGAAAUUGGAUGAACUAAGUCUGAAAGAAGCCAAAGAUUACAAAAUAUUGAAGAAUGGAAGUCAGGACUUAUUGAACAAAACAGCAGAGUACAGUCAGAUGUACACAGACCAGAUGAAUGUAUUACAACAAAUUGGCUUUGAUGGGGAAGACAUGAGUAUUCUACAUUGCAUGCUGGGUGCUAUUAUUCAUAUUACUGAGGUGAAGUUUAGAGAGGCAGAGAGACAGAACGAAGCUUUAGAAAUUGUUAACCUUGAACAUGUCAAUACAGCUGCCAAGUUGUUGAAUGUGAAUCCAUUGGACCUUGGUGUAGCUCUAAUAAAGACAAAGACUGAUUAUGGAGGUGAAGAAAUCCAUGUUUUAAAAAGUUUGAGCCAGGCAAAUGAUGGACGGGAUGCACUUGCAAAAGCUAUUUAUGAAAGGCUGUUUGGCUGGGUCAUCAGAACAAUCAAUGAAGACCUCAAUCCUUCCAAGCAAAGUACUAAAGUUGCUGCAAGUAUUGGAGUUUUGGACAUAGCAGGUUUUGAAAAUCUGCAUAACAAUAGUUUUGAACAAUUGUGUAUCAACUUUGUUAACGAAAGAUUGCAGAACUUUAUGAAUGAGAGUGUAUUUAAGACUGAGAAGGCUAUUUAUGAUGAAGAUGGAAUUCCAUGCCAAGAUGUAGAUUUCAAGAAUAACAUUGACAUUAUUGAAGUUUUUACAAAGAAAUCAGUAGGCAUCCUGUCACUUUUGGACGAAGAAACCAAACUACAGCAAGGUACAGAUGAAAAGUUUGUACAAAAAGUUACCAGUAAUCACUCUGAUUCAGGUAUCAUUAUGAAGAGCACUACCAGUGAUCCUGUGUUUGGUAUUCAUCAUUUUGCUGGACAGGUUUUAUACAGAUGUGAUGGUUUCUUAGAGAAAAACAAAGAUACACUGAAUGAUGAUUUAUUUGAUUGUAUGAAGGGAAGUGAAAAUCCAUUUAUAAAUGACUUGUUUACAGUUGCAAAAGGACCAACAGGAACUAUUUCUGAAACCCAGUUCCAUUUAAGACAGUCUAGAAGAACAACUAUGGCUUCCCAUAAAUCAAAAAAAGCUGCUACACCUCGAUCUGAUGAUGUUAAAAAACUGAGUAGAGAACUUGGAAGAUCUAUGAAGAGAUAUGGUCAAACAAGAGGAGCGAUGCCAAGUUAUAGUAACAAGAAACACACCACUGUUAUAUCAUAUUUUAGGGCUUCUAUGGACAAACUAUUAGAAAAAAUGAAACAAGCAGAAGCCCAUUUUGUUAGAUGUAUAAAGCCAAACAACAAGAAAAUGAAAGAGAAUUUUGAUGCCUCUCGAGUUAAGGAACAGCUGUUGUAUAAUGGGAUAACUGAGGUAGCUAAGAUCAGGAAGCAAGGUUAUCCAGUCAGGAAGUCGCACAGUGAUUUCUACAAGCGGUAUUGUGCUCUUGACCGAGAUAUUCCCAGGAAGACCGCAGACUAUGGUCAAGGUUCAAAGUCUCUGAUGGAAAAGAUUUUACCUGAUAGAUUCAAAACAGAAUACAGAAUCGGAAAACGUAGGGUAUUUAUGAAAGAACCACCCUAUAUGUUUUUGGAGAAAUUUCUCUACAUCAGGGAACAAUCAGCCAGGAGAUCCAUGUCAACUGGUAUCUAUAAAUUGUGGUUAAAGAAGAAAGCUGCUGAGGAAUUAAAGGUCCAACAGCGUCAUGAAAAAUUAGCACAACUACAAAGUGAUAUGGAAAAAGAAGCCGCAGAAAAGGAAAUACAAGACAGACGGCAAGCUGAAACAAAAAGGAACAUUUCUGCUUCAAUUGGUUCAACAACAAGUACUAGACUUGGAGAAUCAAUGAGUUCUACACAAAAUUCUUCGAGCUCAGAUUCUUCAUCAUCCGGACAUGUUGCAUUUGCUAGUUUGUCUCGUACGAGAAAACCUGGUGGAGGAACAAAGACAAUUCCAAGUCCAUCAGAUUAUAGUGACUCCCAUCCGACUGAAUUUGAUAUCAAUGAUCAAACUGAUACCAAAGAACCUUGGGUUAAUACAUCUCAGUAUGAAAAUGGUAGACCAGGACAGUCUGAAAAGAGAAAUCAAGGACAGUCUGAAAAGAGCAGACCAGGAUCAUCAACUAAAGGAAAGGCCCCACCUCUACCAACAAGGAGUCCACCGAAACAUCCCCCAGAAACAGAAAAGAAAAAGGAGUCAAAAGCGUUUUGGGAUAUAUUUGCUAACAUUCCCAGAGAGAAGAAGUCAAAAGAUGUCCAUGAGAGAGGGAGUUUACGUUUCAUCAAAGUGAUCACAUAUGGUUUACUGUUUCUUGUGAUGUUUGCAUCCCUUGUAUUUCAGAAAAUUAGUCUUAUGUUACUUGUUAAAAACCAGAAUAGGGAAUUGGUUGUAAAUGUAGGAGAGGAAAUCAGUCUUGUUGAGGAAAGAAAAUCAAAGUUUAAAGAAAGUGAAGAUGUAUAUAACAAUGCCAGAUAUUUGUUGCUGCUGUUAGCUAUAUGUAUACCAUAUGUACUGACAUUGGUAUUCAGUGUCUUGAAGACAUUGUUUGGAAAUCUUGCUGUCCCAAGCAAGGGUACUAUCAUUAUGGUAACAUUCAUGGAAUGUGCUCACUCUGUGGGAUUGAGUUACCUGGUCUUUAAAUAUUUAGGAGAAAUGCAUUCAGCACGUGGGAUCAUGGUUAUGAGUGCAACAUGCAUUUUGCCAAGCAUUCUAAAACCAUUUUUUGCCAAAGAUGAUUCUACCAAAAGAGGAGGUUGUAGUGCAAAUUUCAAGAGAAUCCUUGGAUUUGCAGCAGAUUUGAUGGCAAUUAUAGCCCAGAUAUCUGUUAUACCUGUCAUCAUCAACAAUGGAUUUCUCUUAGAAAUAGAUGAACCAUCCAAAGAUUGGGAGACUGUACUUCAAGUUGUUUUUUGUUUGAUUCUUUGUUCAUUUUCAUGGUGGGAAAAUUUUAUGGAUGAUCGAGCAUUUGGUUCCAGUCGUAGUCUCCUACAGCAAUUUGUGCUGAAGAUAAAAUUUGAUUUACAAGAAAGUCGACCAAUUGUUACAGCUGUAACAUCAUUAUUCAAAAUAGGUGUUACCAUGGCAAUGGCUUAUGUUUUACGUGAUGGAAGAAGUAUGGAUGUAUCUGCAGCAAUGUCCACCCUCACUGAUGACAGAUAUGAGAAUGUUUUACCUGAAAAAAUGUAUGGUCAUUACAACUACAUUAAAGAUUACACAUCUAUAAUAUGUUUAACAAUUGGAUCAUAUCUGGCAUACUACAUUUCUUACACAAUAUGUAGACUUAAGAUGCAAGUUGUGUCAUUUUCAAUAGCAGCCUUAUUGUCCACUCCAGUUGCUGUAGGACUCGUAGUUCUUGACUGUGAAUAUCAAAUCUUAGAUCCCUUCACAAAGGAACAGUUAUAUUGUCAGCCUCUAAAUGCUACACAGUCAUAUGGGGAACAACACUGGUACCAUUUCCUGCUAGGGUUGCUUUGGUUGAUGUCAGCCUACUGGAUAGCAAAAUAUAUCUGGUUCCCUAAACAAGAAAGAUUGGCAAAGAUUGAUAGAUUAUUUGUAAACCCAUUGUACUGCAGUAUCUUGUUAGAACAACAUCUAAUUAUGAACAGAAGAAGACACAACAAAAGAAUUAGAAGAGAGUUUGAAGGUGAAAAGGAAUCUUACAGGUUAAGCAACGAUGAUUCAAAACAUACAGGCACUGAUAGAUCAAAAAUGAAGAAGAUACCUCCAAUGAUAUAUGCUUGUGCCACAAUGUGGCAUGAAAACAGAUUAGAAAUGGUGCAGAUAUUAAAGUCUCUAUAUAGAGUUGAUAUGGACCAGUUUAUAAGAAAACAGGCUGUUGAUUUGUUCAGAGAACAACACCCAGAAGAAGCAGAUGAUCUAGAUCCAGAGGACUUUGAAUAUUAUGAAUUUCAAGCACAUAUUCUAUUUGAUGAUGCGUUUGAAUUUGAUGACGAGGAAGAUAGAGUGCCUAAUGCCUUUGUGAAACUGUUUAUGGAGGUGAUGCAAGAAGCUGCAAAUGCUAUCCAUCAUAAGCAGAUCAAACUGGCUACUCCUAUGAAGAUCCCCUCCCCAUAUGGUGCACAACUUGUUUUUGAUCUUCCUGGGGAAAACAUGAUGUAUGUCCAUCUCAAAGAUAAGAACAAAAUAAGACACAGGAAAAGAUGGUCACAGGUGAUGUAUAUGUACUAUUUGCUGGGAUAUCGUAUUAUUAAAGAGUGUCAAGAAAGGGUACUUGGUGCCUUAGCAGAUAAUAAAAUCAGUGAAUUAGCCACAUGGGAUUACAAUAAUGCACCUGGCAGAGUUGGCAAGAGUCAGAUCUUCAAUAUACUAGACGAUGAAGUGUUGUAUAGGGCAGAGAAUACCUUUAUCCUUGCCCUAGAUGGAGAUGUGGAUUUUACACCUAAAGCUGUCAGACUACUGGUGGAUAGAAUGCAGAAAAAUGAAGAACUGGGUGCUGCAUGUGGACGUAUUCAUCCUAUAGGAAAAGGCCCCAUGGUAUGGUACCAAAAGUUUGAGUAUGCUGUUGCUCAUUGGUUACAGAAAUCAACAGAGCAUGUCCUAGGCUGUGUGCUGUGUAGUCCUGGAUGCUUUAGUUUGUUCAGAGGUUCUGCACUUAUGGAUGACAAUAUCAUGAGAAAGUAUACCAUCAAACCAACAGAGGCUUCACAUCAUCUUAUGUAUGAUCAAGGUGAAGACAGAUGGCUUUGUACUUUACUGUUACAACAGGGAUAUAGAGUGGAUUAUGCUGCUGCUUCAGAUGCCUUUACUUAUGCACCCGAAGGAUUUGGUGAAUUCUUUAACCAACGUAGACGGUGGAUGCCUUCAACCAUUGCUAAUAUUAUGGACUUGCUGGCUGAUGCAAGUAAUACAGUGUCUAUAAACAACAACAUCAGUUGGCUAUACAUGUUUUAUCAAGCUGCAUUAAUGGUGUCAACUUUAAUUGGACCUUCCACUGUUAUAAUGAUGAUUGCUGGGUCCUAUUUAACUGUGUUUAAAUUGGACCUUCUGACAUCCUAUGCCAUAGCCCUUACACCAGCAUUUGUUUACACCAUACUUUGCUUCACAGUGAAAACCAAAUACCAGAUCAUGGUAGCAGAAAUCUUAAGUGCCGUAUAUUCCUUUAUAAUGAUGGUGGUAUUUGUUGGUUGUAUAAUUACAGCUGUCAGGGAAAGUCCGUUUCAUCCUAGUGUCAUCUUUUUAUGCGCAAUGGUUUUCAUUUUCUUGUUUGCUGCUGUCUUACAUCCCUGGGAAUUCAGCUGUAUCAUAUACGGAGCUCUCUACUUCCUGUGUGUGCCCAGUGGGUUUUUACUUCUUGUCAUUUACUCUCUGGUUAACAUGAACAUAGUUUCUUGGGGAACCAGAGAAGUUCCCAAAAAGAAAACAAAGGCUGAGAAAGAGGAAGAAGAGAAAAAAAGGAUAGAAAAAGAAGAAAAGAAGAAACAGGGUUGGUUUAGUAGAUUCAUGCCAAAGUUUCAGUUACAAGAUCUAAAAGGAUUGAUGGACAUGACCAGAAAGGAAGACAAAAGUGUUGUUCUUUUAGAACAGAUGAACAAAAAUAUGGAAAUGUUUAUGAAGUUACAAGGUAAAAGUGGAGCUGUACUAGAAGAAGUUAAAGUGGAUGAAAUAAAGCCUCCAAAACAAAGAAAAUCAGUCACAUUUGCCGGAGGUAGGUCAGAUUCCGACUCAGAUGAAGAAGAGAAAGAAAAACGAACAAAAGAAGAUGAAUAUAUUUAUCAAAAAGAGAAGAAAUUGAGAAAUGAUCUCAAAAAUCCCAAAUGGUUAGAGCUUAAAGAAUUUCAAGUUGGAGACACAAUGCAGAUGAAUAAAGAGGAAUUAGAUUUCUGGCAUAGUUUUAUCGAAAAAUAUCUGGAGCCAUUGGAAGCUGACAAAGAUGAACAGAAGAAAGUUGCCAAGGAACUUGCUGAACUACGGAACAAUGUUGCAGCAGGGUUUGCCUUUAUUAACCUAAUCUGGGUAGCAAUCAACUUCAUGUUCCAGUUGAGGAAGCCAGCAGUUAUAACAUUUCCUUCUGCUACAGGUGCAACCGAUGUUGAUGAAGACAACAUAAAGAUUGACGCUCUUGGAUUAAUGUUUGUUGUAUUCUUUGUUGUAAUACUUGUGAUCCAGUUUAUUGGAAUGAUAGUGCAUAGAUGGGGCACAUUCAUGCAUCUUAUUGCCAUUACAGAAAUUCCAAAUCCAUUUAAGAAAGAUAUGAGUGAACAGGUUCAUGACAGUAAAAAUAAACAAAGAAAUGCAAGAGAUAUGAUUCGUCUUUGUGAAGAAAUCGUUGGUGAGCCAAUGCCUGACUAUCCGAGUGAUGAGGAAGAUGAAAAUUCUCGUGACAAAGAAAGAGCAGAUGUGUUGAGAAUGAAAAUAGAAAAUAAUGCAACACAAGGUGUUUCAGAGAAUCUUAGAGAAAGUAUUAGAAAUCCUGGUAUUGGAAAGUCUUUGAGAAACACUAGAGUAGGAAAUAUAGGUAGCACCAGAACACGUCUCGGAGAAACUGUUAGGGAUGGUAACUUCAAAAGAGUGGCUAAGACAAUAUUAGCUCGCACACAAAGAGAAGUUCUUAAUAGUGAAGAAUCUGGUGUUAAACUUAAUAAUUUACGCCAAAGGGGCAGAGGUAAUCAAGAUCACAACAGGAUAAAUAGUGAACCUGUAAGGAAAUUUGGUCACAAUACACCAGUAUUUUCAGACUUCAUGGAAAAAAUAAAUGAUCGUAAUCUUAACUCCCAUGUUGAGGGGGCUGAACGGAGUGCUGGAAAUAUAGGAUUACGUGGCACAUACAAUCCAAGAAAUGCUGCAGAUGAUGAAGAGUCAAUAUAUGAUGAAAUUCCAGGAGCUGGUACACUAGGUCGUGCUUUCAACAAGAAAAUACAAAAAAUGGCAAAAACUGGUGUAAGACCUUCUGAUAGAAAUGGUCCUUUGCAGUAUUCUAAUAACAUAGAAAUGCAUCAUAGAGACAUAGAAAGAGGAAAUAGGUUAUAAUGAGACAACAAACUAAUUGAAAAAAGGUAAUAUGAACAUUUAAAGACGGCAUUCAGGGGAAAAGGACAUCAAUGUCUGUGAUAUCUAUCUAUUUAUACAUAUUAUAUUGCAAUUAUAUAUCUAUUUGAUUUAUUACCGGUACAAAUUGUUCUUGUGAUUGAGAAUGUUGAUUGACUAGUUUUGUUUCUAAUGGAUUUUUUUUUAAUGUAAAAUGCAUGUGAUUCUAAACAAUAUUUGUUUUUUUUAUAGAUUUUUUUUUAUAUAUAUUUAAUAUAAUAGUUACUUUACCAUAAAAAGUGUUUUAGAAAAUGUUUCAUUUUUAAAAAGAUUUUUACAACUGCUAAUGAAAAAAUAACUGAAAAACUAAGAUUAUGUACCAGUAGGCGAAAUUCAAAUUUGAUGUGGACAGCUUACAGUUUUCCAUAACUACUAAGUCUAACUGUUAUACUAACAUUAAUGACAAAAUUGACCAUUUGCAAAUAAAAUCAUGUUAAAUUAAGUAAUCUUUGCAGUGAUGAUUAGAUGAUGGGCAGAAUUUUGCUCUUAAAAAAGUAUUAAUGAUGUAAUAUUGUAUGAUAACUGUUUGUACAUUAAAGUAUUACUGAUUUGUUUUAAAUUGUCCAUGGAGCACAAAAAUCAUUGGUUUAAUCUCAGAAAACUAAUUAUUCAUAUUCAUUAUAGAUUACUAACAAAGAAAAUACAAAUUUUGUAAAUAUUUAGAGUUGAAUAGAAGAAAACUAUAUAUACUGAAAUUUAUUCAAAGGCAAGUCAAGUAAUGUGUGUUUGUUUUCAGUCUGUUUCAGAUUGAAUAAAGUAAAGAUUAUUUUUAUGUCAUUCCUUCUUUUUUUUUUCUUGAAUUAAAAGACUAUUUUAAUAUUGCAGACAUAUCACCCCAGAUGAUAUAACUUUUUGACAGGUUUCCAAGUCUAUGGAAGUACAUCCUGGUACUCUGUAAAUUAAGUGCGACCAAAGAAAUUAAUUCAAACAGAGUCAGUGAAAUAUGAAGGAAAAGUUUAUUUUUACAGAAGAUUUUUUUAUGUAUAGAAAACAUAAAACAGUUAAUCUCUCCAUCAAAAAGUUGUACCAAUAGUUAACUUGAUUUUACUGUUUAUGUUACUCUUUCUUGACAAAUAACUGGAUGCAGUCCUACCACAGAGUAGGUAUCCUACUUGGAUCUGCUUGUUUGUAAACACACAUUUAAUAACUUUUACACUAUUUAGAAACAUAGGUGAUGUGUAAAUGCUUAUAUAAAGCUACACUUAGUUAUUUGGGAAAGGUUGAAUACAACAUUAUAUUUGUAAAAUAUGUUGAUAUUUUGAUAUAUAAUCAAUUUUACAUAUCUUUUAUAUUCACACAAGGAAAAGGUUUUGUUAAUGUUUGUCUUCAAUAAAAUAUGUUCAGUUUUCA